AUGCCAAAACUUUUUCGUACAAUUAAGAGAAAGAUGAGCUACAAGUCGCAUAAUUGUAAAGAAUGUAAUUGGAAAAGGUCGGCUGGCGAAAAUGAACCACUCUUGAAACAAUGGAAUAGACUUUCCAAGACCAAAGUUGCCUUAAAAGUUCUUAAAGAUUCGCAAAACAUUUCAUCCGAAUUCUUGGAAGAGUUACAUUUGAAUUUACAACGUGGAUCUACAUACGUCGUAAAAUGUUUAGGUUUCACCCAAGAACCAAAAUCGAAGGAUUAUGCAAUG